AUGACAGGACAGGUUAAGUGUUGUCUGAAGGAGUACUGUACUGGCAGUGCAGCACUUCUGUUGCUGCUGGUCUUUGUAUUCCUUCUGCCUCAGACUGUGUGCAAUGCCCGAGUCGCCAGCUGUAUGAUCAGUGACCCUCUUCCCAUAAAUCAUCAAUAUUAUCAGUCAGGAGACCUCACCAUUGCUGGCAUCCUCUCUCAGUUUUAUAUGUUCUUCAGUCCUAUCACCUUCAGAACAAACCCCUCUCUUGGACUCCUUGAAGACCUCAUUAAUUUUGUUGCAACCUGGACCUUCCGUGCCACAAUAGACCUACUUUCCACAUGGGGCAGAUUCCUUCCGAACUACAAAUGUGAUAACCAACAGAAUGUAGUGGCUGUCAUUGGGGGGCCCAACUCAGAUGAGUGCUUCUUCCUUGCAACCAUGCUGCAUAUCUACAAGAUACCACAGCUUGGGUUCGGCUCUUUUCCAGUCAUGACUGAUGAAAGCCAAGGCACCUUCUUCCAGCGGAUGUUCCCAACUGGGGACCACCAAUAUAUGGGCAUUCUUCGAUUGCUGCUGGCUUUCAGGUGGACAUGGAUUGGGGUGAUCAUUAUACAUGAUCAGAAUGGACAAAGAUUUGUGCAGACGGUACUCCCCAAAUUCUCCCAGAGAGGCAUCUGUUUUGAAUUCAUAGCAACAUUGCCAACUGUCUAUUUUACCAAGGACAUUGCUAACAUGGUAGCAGAGUGGAUUGAAACAUACAAUGACAUUAUGAGUAGCACCGCUAAUGUUGUAGUAAUCAAUGGGGAAAGUCACACCAUGAUAUUUUUGAGAAUGUUUCCCAAAUUUUCAGAAGUUGAAGACAUACAAAUUCAGAUGGAAGGGAAAGUCUGGAUUAUGACAGCCCAGAUGGAAUCCACCUCAAUUCCUUUUCAAAGAUUAUGGGACAUCGACAUCCUGCAUGGUGCUCUGUCCUUUGCCAUCCACUCAAAGGAUGUUCCUGGAUUCCAGCAGUUCCUUCAGAGGAGGAAUCCCACCUCAGACAAAGAAGAUGGCUUCAUCAGGGAGUUCUGGCAACAGGCAUUUAGCUGCGUGUUCCUAAAGAAGAAAAUUGAAAAGCAGGAUGAUGACAUCUGCAGUGGUGAGGAGAAGCUGGAGAGCCUUCCUGGGUCCGUAUUUGAACUGGGCAUGAGCAGCCACAGCUACAACGUCUACAAUGCUGUCCAUGCUGUGGCACAUGCUUUGAGAUCCUUGCAUUUAUCAAAAUCUCAAAAGAGAGUGUGGGUACAUGGAAAAAGAUGGGAGCAACCAGCUUAUCAGGCCUGGCAGCUUCACCAAUAUCUGCGAAGUGCAUCAUUUAACAAUGCUGCAGGUGAAGAGGUUUCCUUGGACAAAAAUGGGAAUCUGCUAGCUGGAUUUGAUAUUCUGAACUGGCUUACUUUCUCAAACCUGUCUUUUAUUCGAGUCAAAGUUGGAAAAAUUGACUCGAGUGCUCCUGAAGACAAGAUGCUCAGCAUUAAUGUGGAUGCGAUGAUGUGGCCCAGAAACUUUAAUGGGGUCCAGCCAGUCUCACUUUGUAGCCAAGCCUGCCAGUUGGGCUACAGAAAGAGAAAGAAGGAAGGAGAGCCAUUUUGUUGCUACGACUGCUUCCCAUGUCCUCAAGGGAAGAUUUCAAGCCACAUGGACAUGAAUGAGUGUUCCUGGUGCCCAGAAGAUCAAUAUCCAAGUGAGAAUCAGGACUUCUGCAUUGGCAAAAAAAUAGCUUUCUUGUCUUAUGAAGAACCUCUGGGAAUUAGCAUGUCUUUCUUUUCUCUGUCCUUUUCUGCAAUUACAGCUUUGGUUCUUGGGAUCUUUGUCAGGCACAGGGACACUCCCAUAGUCAAGGCCAACAACAGGAACCUCACCUUAACUCUCCUGGUCUCGCUCCUGCUCUCUUUCCUGUGUGCUUUGCUCUUCAUUGGCCAACCUAACAAGCUGACUUGUCUCUUACGACAAACUGCUUUCGUUAUCAUCUUCUCGGUGGCCAUUUCUUGUGUGUUGGCCAAAACCAUCACUGUAGUCCUCGCUUUCAUGGCCACCAAGCCAGGAUCCAGAAUGGGGAGAUGGGUCGGGACAAAGCUGGCUAACUCCAUUGUUCUUUCAUGCUCUCUGAUUCAAGCCAUGAUUUGCAUAAUUUGGCUGGCUACCUCUCCUCCGUUUCCAGAUUUUGACAUGCAAUCAAUGACUAAAGAAAUCAUCCUGGAAUGCAACCAAGGUUCAGUGACCAUGUUCUACUGUGUCCUGGGCUUUAUGGGCUUCCUGGCCAUGGUUAGCUUUAUGGUGGCUUUCCUGGGAAGGAAAUUACCUGAUAGUUUCAAUGAAGCCAAGUUUAUCACACUCAGCAUGCUGGUCUUCUGCAGCGUCUGGCUGACCUUCGUUCCAACCUACCUGAGCACAAAAGGAAAGUCCAUGGUGGCUGUGGAGAUAUUCUCCAUCUUGUCCUCCAGUGCUGGGUUGCUCGGGUGCAUUUUCCCCCCCAAAUGCUACAUCAUUGUCAUGCAUCCUGAUUUGAAUAGCAGGCACCACCUCAUGAGAAAAAGUAAUUAA